AUGACCGCCCCAGACAUCACCAACGCCAAUGGCUCCGCUGACACGUCGCCACUCCCAGUCAUCCGCCAGCUUGUGACCACGCACGAUCAGGCCACCGGCAAGGCCGUUCUCGCCUCGGGGCGUGACGCUGUGUGGCGCAACCACCGCGAUGGCGAGGCAUUCAUGACCGAGCCCUUUAGCACCGCCCAGUUCCCGGCCGAUCUCAACGACGACGCCGAUAUACGCUCGCACGAGGCGUUUGUGGCCGGAGGCAAAAGCAGAACGACAAGUCUCGUCCGCGAGGGCGGGACCGUGUGCCGCGUGGUCGAUCUCUGCCCGGGCAACGUGCCGGCAAUGCACCGCACGCGGAGCCUCGACUAUGGCGUCGUGCUCGAGGGUACGGUCGAGCUGAUCCUCGACUCGGGCGAGGUGCACACGAUGCGGCGCGGCGACGUCGCCGUGCAGCGCGCUACCAUGCACGCGUGGCGCAACGCCAGCGACACGGAGUGGGCGCGUAUGCUGUUUGUGUUGCAGGACUGCCUGCCGGUCCAGAUCGGGGGCGCUGAGCUUAUCGAUGAUGUUAACUCGGUGGCGAUGCCGAGCAGGUAG